AUGGAUGGCUCACCAUCCUCAAAGGAUGGACGCGCAGUCAUCCUGAACCACAAUGGCUUGGAAGAUGAAGAAGGACACGAUGAUGUGGAUAGCGGUUCAGAAGAUGAGGAGUCUCCCCCUCAACUCGUAUUCACUGACGGAUCUUGUUCGGACUCUCAGCUUUCACAAGACAGUGCUGAGAAUUCGCCAUAUCCCUGCAAAAGAUCUGAAGAAGUCCGAACGUCGUCUCAAGACUCCGCUUCAAACGACUUGAGCGCAAAUAGAGUACGUUUAACUUUUUUAUCCAGAAAAGUUCAAGUGCGGUCUCCUUUUCAGGGCCUAGGAGCUUGUAAUAACGUCUAG